UCCUUCCGCCUUUUCCUCGGCCCCGUCGCUCGCAUCUCAUCGCUCUCUAGGGUUUCAUUUCUUUUCCGCUUAAAUCUAGGGUUAGUGUUAGGGUUUUCUCCGUUCCCGAUCUUUCUCGUGGAUCGCUCUAGGGUUUCUUCUCCUCCCUCGACCCGGCUAGGGUUAGGGUUUUCGCCCUGUUCCCGUCGAUAUGGCGACGCCUGAGAUCAAGGCAGCCAUGGGAGCCAUCCCCGCGAAGAAGGAGGAGCUUCGCAAGGCCUUCGCGGCCCUCGAAUCCUUCUCCUCCACCCUCUCCUUCUUCACUUUCAAGUGGAAGGACCUCGAGGACCACUUCGCCUCGAUCGAGCGGUCCAUUACCGAUCGCCUUAAGGAGCUCGAAGCGAGAUCCGCCGCCGCCGCCGCCGCCGCCGCCGCCGCCUCAUCAGCGGCGCCGCUUGUUUCGGCGGCUCCGGCGACCGCUUCGGCCCCUUCUGCCGCCGCCGCCGCCGCCGCCGCCGCCGCCAUUGUGACCGAAUACAAGGGUGGUGAUCACUUCCCCCAACUCAAAUCCCUUUGCGCCGCAAUGGACGCAAAGGGAUUCCUUUCGUACAUUUUUGAGAAUCGGAGUGACAUGCCGGAGAUCCGGAAGGAUCUCGAUGCGGCUCUCCUAUCUGCGCCAGAUCCAGCUAAGCUGGUUCUCGACGCUUUGCACGUCUCCGACAGUGCGAAAUCUGCGAAAUCGGACGCGGAGAAUGACGGGGCUGUCGAGCCGGCGCGGCGAACCUGUCUUAGUCUCUUGGAGCGCCUCCAAGUUUUGGCCCCUGAGAUCAAGCCUUUGGUUAGGGAAGAAGCAAAGAAGGUGGCGGUGGAGUGGAAGAGUAAGAUCGCCGCCGCAGGUGGGGAGAACCAAGCCGUGGUUAUGCGCUUUUUGCAGCUCUUGGCUUCUUUUAGGUUGGCAAAGGAAUUCGAUGUGGGUGAGGUGUUGGAUCUUGUUGUUUCUAUGUCUCGGAAGAAGAGAACUGCCGACAUCUUCAAGGGUCUUGGCCUUGAGGAAAGCAUGCCCGAUUUCAUCCGGAAAAUGAGCAAUAAGGGCAGACAAGUUGAAGUUAUUAAAUUUGUUCGUGCUCUUAAUUUAAUGGACAAAUAUCCUCCAGUGACCCUGUUGAAAAGUUACUUGAAGGAGUGCAGAAAAGAGGCUCAGGAAAUCCGUAAGAAAGGAAACAAUUCGCUUAAGGCUCAGAAUGGGGCAAUUUCCAAAGAUAUACUUGCUCUUAAAGAGGUGGUUAAGGCCAUCGAAGAGUACAGCCUAGAAUCGGAAUAUCCGAGUGCGAAUCUUGCGAAGCGGAUAAUGCAGUUGGAGGAGCAAAAGGCGGGUAAGAAGCGAGCUGCACCAGCUGCUGCUUUCCCCUUGAGCUCGAAUGCUCAGAAUCUGCAGCAGCAGCAGUCAAAUAAGCGGCCUCGACCUCGGCCAUUGAAUGCUGUUCCGCAUGCUGCUGCUGCUGCUCCUUCUGAGUAUAGACCCCCAGUAAUUGCGAGUCAGCCUCAGUUGGUUUCGACUGAUCAAUCUCAUUAUCUGGGUUUGGUCGGGUCUUAUGGGAUGGCUUCAAGUAGAUAUGCUUUUGAUGUUGCGGGUCCGAGUCUUUCUGGUAAUGCUCCUUACGGAGCAGAUGGAGGCCACUCUGCAAGGCCACUACCCUACCCUGCUGAGCCCCUCAUGGGCCCUCGGCUUUAUGAUAGGUCGGGGGCUUAUGCCCCUUACUCACUCUCUGGUGCGACAAUGCCUUAUGCACCAUCUUACCGGUAGAAUGGAAGAAGUGGCAAGCUCUUUUUUUUUUUUUUUGGUUCCCCCUUCUAACUUUCAACAGUGAAUAGUAGUUGUAAAGCAACCUUGAGCUAGCUCUUGCACUCUGAUUUUGUAAUUCGCUGUUUACGUCUUUUAGACAUGAACUUUGCUGUCUUACACAGCAGAAAGUGCUGUUUGUUUUCUAGACUUUUGUUUCUCUGUAUAGAACUAAGAUUAUGCCGUUAUAUAUUCCCUGACAAGUACUCAAAUGUUAGCCUUUUAUCUUAUUUUAUUUUUCAAUU